AUCAAUGUCUGUAGAUGUAUUUCAAUUUUUUGGUCUGGACAUUAAAUAAUCAUGGCACCUUACGAGAUUAAGAAGAAGAUGUACAUUAAUGAUGGUGCAAGAAUCGAUGGAAAAGUUGUAAUCAUUACUGGAUGCAAUAGAGGAGUCGGUAAAGCAACAGCUCAUGAAUUAGCAAAACGAGGCGGUAAAAUUUACUUUGCGUGUCGGAAUGAAGAAGCAACUUUGGCAGCAAUUGAUGAAAUUAAGGAUUUGACAAAUAAUGAACAACUUUACUUCCUCAAACUUGAUCUCGCUUCCUUUGAGUCUGUAAGAGAAUUUUCGAGAAAAUUUCAUGAACUGGAAAGUCGACUGGAUAUUUUAAUCAACAAUGCAGGUGUCUUAGCUCAUUUUGAAAGGACAUCCGAUGGUAUUGAAAUGAAUCUAGCAACUUCUUAUUUGGGGCAUUUUCUCCUGACAAACUUGUUGCUGGAUUUAUUAAAAGCAUGUGCACUAAGCCGAAUCAUCAUGUUGUCAUCUAACAUCUAUAAAACAGCAAGCCUUAAGAGAGACAAUAUCAAUAGUGAAAAAAGUUUCCCAGGGCCAUUUAAAGCAUAUUCCAAUAGUAAGCUUUGCAUCAUAAUGUUUAUGAAGGAACUAUCAAAACGUUUGGAAGGAACUGGAAUUACUGUCAAUGCAUUAUGUCCUGGAUCCGUUGAUACGGGGUCAAUUACAGGCUUCAAUUCGAUUGUCAACUUUAUGCUUAAUACUAUCAAAUUAAUCACAGACAGUACCCCAGAAGUUGGAUGUCAGUCAACGGUUUUGCUUGCUGUCGAACCUUCAUUUUCACAAGUUGCAGGAAAUUAUUACUCUGAGUUUAAUAAGAAGGAUGUAUCAAUUAAGGGAGAAGUCAAUGAGUCAUGGUUGUGGCAGAAAAGUGUGGAACUAGCUAAACUUAAUGAAUAAUAAAGCAGACGACUUUAUUGAUUUUUUAUUUAAAUAAUUUAUGUAAGACCAAAAGUUUUUGAACUAAUAAAUGAACUGUAAAGAACAGCUUCAUAUUUUG